AUGAAUAUGCUACAUAGUACAUAGUCCCGAUGGUUUCAAUGCAGUCUAUUGCUGCUGCCAUAAUGUUUUCGUUUGAUAUGAUUAUUGUGAAGCUUGUAAGUAGAGAUUGAUGUGAGAAAUGACUACGAUCGAGCUAUGCUGCAGAAAUGAGAAAAUUGCAAAUGUGGUGUGGCGUGGUAUUAUCUUCAUUAUGACACGAUGAAGUUACGUUUAUGUUCCAAUGGAAUGUUAGUUUGUUAUUUCAUUAAACGCCAGGUGGCUUAAUAAAGUACAAGAAUAUCAUCAAAUUAUACGUAACAGAAAUGGCAGGUGUGUUCGGCAGUCACGAUAAACGGUUUACAAUCGAUGACGCGUUUGAAGAAGAAAAUGAUGAGGCUAUCAGAGUCUAUGGCUCAACCACUGAAAGAUCUCCACUAAAGCCAAAAAAUCGGAACGUUGUGUCAGAAGACAGUGUUAUCGUAAGAAUUGACGAUCCCAACCGUACUUCAAGAACAAUUACAAGCACUGCACCAAGAUUUAAAGGCGCUGACGAUACCAUAUCCAGGGACAGCGAUUCGCUUAUACAGGAUGGUGGAUUUUAUACCGGAAUGUUUGAUCCUUCCCAGUCAUGUUGGCGCCAUCCAAAAAUACGAGAGAACUGGAAAAUGGUUUUGGCUGCUGUUGUGCUACUGAUUGUGGGAAUAGGUUUAUUAGUGACAGGAGUUGUAGUGGUCUGCAUUCCAGAGUCAGGUAUACAAGGUUUUGUAUUUUUCUUGGCUGGUUUCAUAUGUUUUAUACCUGGAGCGUACCAUGUUGUCUAUAUUUACUGGGCUGUGAAAGGCAAACGUGGCUAUGAUUUCUAUCACUUGCCUUUGUUCAACUGAAACGUAUGAAUACCGUGUCAAAAAAGUUCACAUUUUUUGCACAUAGCCUCAGGAUGUUCAAAUUAAAUAAAAUACAACAAUUGUACUUUUUUAACAGAAGACUACUGAAAUUGUCUUUCAUUGUGUCAUGUUCCUUUUACUAAAAGUUAACUAGUCAUUAAUAAAAAUUAUGUGAGUACAGUGUAUUCAAAAGCCUGUAUCUUAAAAAGCAGUUUGGAACAAUUGUAGAAGUAAUUUUUCUGAUCAACUUCAUUUGAACUCAAAAGGUGUCUUUUCUUGCCUAUAUAAAGCCUCAACUUUGACAUUUAUACUUCAAUUUGUCACUCUUCUGCCUAUAACUAUAACAGUGUAUUGACAAUUCAUAAUUUGAAAUAAAUGGCCUUGAAAUGUGUGAUAAUUUUGACAGUUUGUUCUAAUAUUUAUGUACUUGACUAUUAUGCAGCUAAAGGACUUUAAUUGCCUGUGAAAAACUAUUUUGUUAUUGUAUUAUAAUUUUGUACAGUAUUUGUUACAUGUGUGUUUUAAUAUAUGACUGUUGUCCACUUAUUGUAAAUAAUCGAUACAUGCUCACAGAUUUGCUGAAUUAUGAUACUGUGAUUUGAUUGAAAGUAGUUUUGUAAUGUACUGUCAGUCACUUGAGAAGUCUGAAAACCAUGGAUUAUCAGCUUGUAAAUAUUUGAUAUUAUUCCUGUUCUCACUAUCAUGAAAUUAUGUCUUGGAAUUUGAGCUUAUAUCAAACAUAAGUUGUAUGUAUGUACAUAAUUAAUUGUGUUGGGCUUUAUAGCCUGAUAAAUUGGACUGUGUGACAAUUUUUAAUGGGCUGAGUGAAUCUUCUGUGGCCUAAUGACUGAAGUGCUUAUAUAUAAUUAGCCUACCUCUUGAAAAUAAGCAGGAUUUUGGAAAUGGUAAGAAAUUGUGCUGCAGCUGUUAUAACCAUCAGUGCAUAAAUGUGUUAUUUAUGUAUUACUAACCUUUGUUUUGUAAUAUAAAGCACAUUUCUGGCAUUCCACAAUUAUUUUGCUAUAGGCCCAAUUAAAAAGAAGCUGUGGAAUUGAAAGUAGUAUAGAUUUUUAUUAAGAUAUGUGGAGGACUGUGAAAGUCUUAGUCAGAAAAUGUAACAGUAUGUGUUAGCACUCAUGCUACCUGGGAAUUCUGCUCGUGGAAGUAAAAUUCAUAGUUAGUGGCAUGAAGUACACGGGUAUAUUGUUAUCCACUUGCUAAUUAUUGUCUGCAGUCAAAGGUGUUUGCCCCUUGGAAUUGUAUCUUUACAUAUUUCUUCAAUUAACAGCAGUUGUAGUCUCUAUUGCUUCAUUAAUUUUUUGGUAACUAAAAUAUCUACUGAAACAAAGUCCACCCUCUACUUUGUGCUAUGCUGGGACGAUACCUUGCAUUAAAUGUGCAGGAUGGGAAUGCCCAAGAUUUUGUCAUACUGCAGUAUGGCUGUGGCAAGACUGAAAAACCUCCUGUUUGUAAGUUAAUUUAAGUUACUGCUUCCAUUACAUCGAAAAGUUUCAUUCCUGUAUAACAUUUGUAAAUGACUAUAUAUUUGAAGCUAUUUCUGUGCUCUACAAUUCUUUAUACUCAUUUUUGUCGUUUUUAAUAAUAAAAAGAAGUCAAUAAAUUUAUGAACAUAAACACACACAAAGGGCAAAUUGUACCCUGAUUGUGCCUAUCUCUAAGUUGCAUAUUUAAAGUAAUUUAGCUAAGAUAUUGCCUUGCCAAAUGAAGUGCUGUAUGUCGAAACAACUUUGGCGGUCAUGUUGUUUGAAAUCCAUUCCACGCAUGAAAAUCGUUGUUUGAAUAACAGACCCAUUUUUUCUCUGUAACCCGCAUCGUAUUUCCUUCUACUAGUGGUCUCUCUCACUGACUUGUGCAAGAGGGGCCUGAAUGUUUGUUUCGACUCGGUCAACAUUGUGACUAAGGUAUAAAAGUUGUGUUU